GACCCUGCCUCAAACGAGGUAAAAGGAGAAAAAGGCAUGGGAGGAGGUCAGUCCAAAGCCAAACCCAGCACUGACACCGUCACCACCUCCGCCACCAGCACCGCCACCGCAGCUCCAAGCAGCGGCCCUGCACCCUGUCCCUACUGGCACGACAAACAGCAUUUAAUCUUGGCCUUUUUCGCCGGGGUUCUGCUGACGCUGCUGCUCACCGCCUUCAUCCUCCUCGUCGUGAAGAGCUGCAGGAAAGGUCACUCCAGGCCUCAGGCUUUGGAUCCUCUCGCAGGCCCUCCUGUCAAGCAUUCAUCUCUAUCAAAAGAGUCGGUUACCUAUGCCAGCGUGACUUUCCAAGCCUCAGAAGACAAGGGCGGGCACCUGAGUGGACGCUGCUCUGCAGACGUGGGCCCCGUGGUCUACACUGAGAUCAAAGUGGCCAGCCAGCACCUGCCGCUGCCAGAAAAGACUGCUGGUGCUCCCCUUGAACCGACAUGACAGCUCCGAGGGACUCCCCUGGGCCCAUCCGAAGGGUGUGGGACAGACAGAACUCAGGAUACAGAAACUCUCCGAAUACUCCAGCUAACCCUGUGAACAGUCUCCCAAGACUUUAAAGUAAAGGCAAAGCCUGCACAAGUACAAGUGUGGACCCUUCAUCAGUUCCUACUCCGUCCCCUCACCUCUCCAGAAGCCAGGACCAGAGUACCACACCAAAACAAAGUCCAUAUUCUCUAAAGCACUAUCCAAAUGUGGAUUUCCAUCUCCUUCACAUGACAUUAGAGUUGUGUAUAGCAACUUUAUGAGAUUAACCAUGGUUAAUUAUUAAUCAGAGAUAGAUUAAUCAUAUUAAUUUAUCCCAUUAAAAAAAAUCAAGGGCUGGAGAGAUGGAUUAGCAAUUAAGGCACUUGCCCUGAGAGCUUAACAACCUGGGUUUGAU